AUGAGUUCAGAGCUUGUUCAAGAUUUUGAAUAUGCUGCAGCUCAUAUCAAAGACUACUUUGAAGACAAUAAACUAUUCGAUACUUUCGAAGCGGAAGACAUACGAAAAAUACUCGAAAUCGCCAAUUUAACUUUAGAAGACUUCACUACUCUUCUUAAGCAAUCAAAACAUUCAAUAAAAGCUAGUAAGUUAUAUAACUGUGCUCGAAAUGCUAAGGUAUCAGUUAAUAACUUUGAAGAAGCAAUUUCAAUACUUAAAUUAAUCCAAAAAUACAUGAAGAUGAAAGUAUUAAAUAGAGCCAUUGAUAUAUUUAAACAAACAGAGAAAGAUAUAUCUGAAUCAAAGGAAAAAAUCCAAAAACUUCAAUCAGAACUUGAUUCUCUUAAAAAUAAAAAGCCAACUUAUUAG